AUGGGCAGUCCCCGUCUCAUAUGUUCGCGCGCUCAAUCGGAUGGCUGCGGUGCUCAAGGUAAUUGGUCUAUAGAUGGACGAUUUUCUUUUGUUGAAGAUAAAGAUGAACACUGCCAUGAGAAAGAACCAAAUGGCAAACGUGAUGCUAAAUUUUUCGCCGCUUUGUAUACAGCCACUCAGCAUCAAUUUCGACAUCUUCGGACUAUCUAUGGUGAAGUAGCGCUACUACAUCAAGAUAGUGCUAAAGAUUAUCCUUUUGACAGUGUAAAGGCAAAUAUGGAAUAUUAUCAAAAAUCCAAAAAAUUACCAACCAUAAAUUCGCAAAAAGAUUUCCAGCAAAUGUUAACAAACGCCAAGUACGCUGAUAUAUGUAAACAUAAUAGAGGAAAAAUAAAUACAGAUUUUGUAGCCAAAUCAUCAAUAAUUUACAGAGAUAACAAUUUAAUAAAUGCUUUAGACACAAAUACACUUUUUGUUGAGUCAUCGAUAAUUGUUUUGCCAAAAGAUUUAAAAGCUGUACAAAUUACUUGUGUUGGAACACAUUAUAUGGAUCAUAUAUUUCCAAUGAUUUGGAAUGUAAUUUCCACCAAAUCUACAGAUAGUACCAAAAGUCUGGUGCAGAAGUGGAAAUCUUUUAAAUAUGUAUUUGAACCUCUUCAAAUAUACUAUGAUUUUGAUAAUGAUUAUUAUCAAUCUUUGAAAGACGUAUUUCUUGAGGCUGACAUCAAAGGUUCAUAUCUAUCUCAUUGUAAGGCAAGUACUUCUAUUAUGACAGACGAAGCAAUCCAGUCCGAAAUUAAUUUAGAAGACGAUGUUACGAGAAAAAUUUUUGCCAAGAUAGUUGCUUUGUCAUUGUUACCGGCUGAACAAAUAUCGUCGGCGUUCAUUCGGAUAGCAUUGUCUUUGGACAACCAGCAACGUGAAACAUUCAAAGAUUUAAUGAACUAUUACAUAGAAAAUUGGAUGGGCAAAAUCGGUACAGACAAGUAUAGUUUUUAUAAAGAUAGAGGAAGUUUAUAUAAGAACAUGGAUUUGAUUUUUAAAAAUUUAUACAACCUUGCACCGAAAAAUUGUACUUCGUGGGAUUUUCUGGAAAGGGUUCUCGCAAGCUGUGAGCAAUGCCAUCUACAUCGAAAAAAUUAUGUAAAAAACAAAAAAAUUAACUGGAGCAGCAACAAAAUAAAAAAUUUAUUCAGCUCAAAAAAAAACUGUUCUGAAAUAGAAAUUCUGUGGGACAGUAUAAAAGAAGAUACUGAGCCUAACAAAAUUGAUGAUUUUUUGAGGAAGGCUGCAGCGUUGACAGUCCCAGUGAUAAGAAAUCUAAAAUUCGCUGGUAUUCAUCUUUCUUCAAAAUUUGAGCUGGUUAAAUUGGUGGAACCCACACAACCAGUCAUAAACUUGGAGGAACUAUUCCGUCUCCGUGAAUUACCUCGAAAUGUUGAAGAUUUAUUUGAGGAUCAAGUCCACGGAAACGAUGUUUAUGAAGAAAACCUACGUCUUAUCGAUAAUCCAGACGAAGUUCAUGAAAUGAACCUAGAUGGUCCCAAUAAUCCAAGCGACAGCGAAUCCGAAGAAGCUUAUAUGUAA